GGCCUCGGUCCUGCCCAAACAUAAAACGCUGCUAUUCUACCGGCCUUUCUGUCCGAUCAAAACAUGGAUGUGGUAUUUUCAUGUCGAGCAAGUAUUUAUUAUGACCAAGGCGGUAGGAAAUACAUGGAGGACUUAGUGACGAUGAAGCAGGAGGAUGAGCCGAGUGAAGAUGAACUGGACGCCGCCGAACGUGGCGAGAUCGCGGCACCAGCACAAGACCAAAACCCCGACGCUUCGAUCCAAGACUCCAUCCCCGGAUCUAUCACUGUAACUUAUGUUCAAGAUGAUGAACCAAGCUCUACUCUUCAGCAGGCGUCGAUGCCCUCCUCUCAUCCGUCCAAAAACGCCCGUCGGCCGCGGGCUGUGGCUAUGUUCGCCGUGUUCGACGGACACGGGGGUCCGGACGCCGCGCGCUUUGCUCGCAGCCAUUUGUGGGACCACAUUAAAAAACAAAGAGGCUUUUGGUCUGAAGACGACGAAGAGGUGUGCGCGGCUCUGCGAAAGGGAUUCAUCUCUUGUCACCAUGCCAUGUGGAAGAAAUUACCUGAAUGGCCAAAGACGGUUACAGGACUUCCCAGCACUUCUGGUACAACCGCAAGUAUUGUUGUAAUACGACGUGAUCGUAUGUAUGUUGCCCAUGUUGGGGACUCGGCAGUGGUGCUGGGGGUGCAGGAUCACCCCUCUGACGAGUUCAUUCGAGCUGUAGAAAUUACACAGGACCACAAACCUGAGCUUCCAAAGGAAAGGGAGAGAAUAGAGGGGCUUGGCGGCAGUGUCAUUAAAAAGUCUGGAGUCAAUAGGGUGGUGUGGAAGAGACCCAGACUCACACACAAUGGACCAGUAAGAAGGAGCACCGUCAUCGAUCAGAUCCCAUUUUUGGCUGUGGCCCGAGCUCUUGGUGACCUGUGGAGUUACGACUUCUACAGCGGAGAGUUUGUAGUGUCACCAGAGCCUGAUACCGCUGUUAUCAAGCUGGAU